AUGAAGGAUGAUGAAAUGUUUGACGAAUUCUAUGCAAAAUUGAAUGACAUUGUUAACUCUAGCUUCAAUCUAGGUGAGAAAAUUCUCGAGUCUAAAAUUGUGAGAAAAGUGUUUAGGUCCCUGCUCGAGAGAUUUAGGCCUAAAGUCACUGCCUUUGAGGAAACCCUAAAAUCCAUCAAAGAAGAUGAAUCUUCUGAUACUGAGUCACUUAGGGACGAGGAAAUUGCAUACUUUGUUAAGAAAUUUCAAAAAGUUCUCAAGAAUAGGAGAAAGCCUCAGGAUAAAAAGAGUGGAGCUCCUAGCAGAUUCACAAAAGCAAAAACUGAAACGUUUAACAAUAAAGGGUCGAGUGAUAAAUCACGUUUGGUUAGGUGCCAUGAGUGUCAAGAUAAUGAAUCUGAGACCAGUGAUAGACAUGAAUCUUCUAGUAGUGAGGACGAAGGAAACUAUAUGGCAUUUGUAUCGACUGUUAAGAGUGAAUCUGAUAAGGAGAGUGACAAGGUUGAGGAAGAACUUCCAAAUGAUAAUUCUAGUAAUCAGGAAGAGGAUGACAUAGACAUACAAGAAAAUUCACUUAAGAGUGGUAGUGAGUUAAAGUGUGUCAAUGAGAAGUUAGAAGACAAGAUUAAGACUUUGACUAGUGAAUUGCUGAAAUCUAAUGCUCAUCUUCAGACUUUCGUAAGUGGGACUAAGAAAUUGGACAAUAGUUUGGAAAUGAAUAAGCCUGCAGGAGAUAGGAAGGGUCUAGGAUAUGUUGAGGGUAAUACACAUGUUGCUGGACCUUCUAAGACUGCUUUUGUUUCUGUCUCUAAGAAAAUUAAUGCUGUUAGUAGUUUAAAUAAGAGUAAGAAUGUUCCGAGAGAACAGAGUCAUCAAUCACGUAGGAACUUCAUACCCAGAUACCCUCAGCCACGUACCUUUGAGUCUAGGUUCAUUUCCACCUGUCACCACUUUGGAGCCUUAGGACACACUAGGCCUAGAUGCUAUAGGUUAGGGAAUGAGCAUAAAAAUCUGAACAUUCCUAGUCAGGUUAGCUUUCUGUCUAAUCAGGUUAGUCAUUUGACUGAGAUGCUUACUAAGCUUACUAGGAGUACUUUAUCAUCUAAGAAAGUUUGGGUCAAAAAGGGUGAUCUAGCUAGACAUUCAGGUCAAGAAAAGUGUUUUGUUGCGCAUGUUGCAUUGAAAGCCCAAAAUUACAACAUGUGGUACCUAGAUAGUGCAUGUUCUAGGCAUAUGUGUGGUAAUAAGGCUUUGUUCACUACCCUUGAUGAAUGUAACGGUGGUAUGGUUACCUUUGGAGAUGGGGGUUCUACACCUAUUCUUGGCAAAGGUACUGUACAAAUACAUAGUUUACCUGUGAUCUCUAAUGUGCUUUAUGUGGAAGGGGUUAGAACAACUGAUAAUUGUUAUGGAGUCUUGCCUAAUUCUAACUAUGUAUGUAGGAGUGCUAAAAUUGAUGUGAGUGAACUCUGGCAUAAAAGUUUAGGUCAUUUGAACUAUAAGAGUCUAGUACAACUAGCUAAGAAAGAAUUGGUAGAUGGUUUGCCUAAGAUAGGUCCUAGUGAAAAUGUUGUGUGUGGACCAUGUCAACUAGAUGACUUCUCGAGAUUCACAUGGAUAAAAUUGCUUAGGGAAAAAUCUGAUGCACGUGAUCUCAUAAAGUCUUUGUGUAAACAGCUUAGCAAUGAACUAAAUCUCAAAGUGUCUAGAAUGCGUAGUGACCAUGGAAAAGAGUUUGAGAAUUUUAAUCUUGAAAGUUUCUGUAUGGAUGAAGGGAUAUUGCAUAAGUUCUCUUCUCCUAUCACUCAUCAACAAAAUGGGGUGGUUGAAAGGAAGAAUCGAGUUCUUCAGGACAUGGCUAGAGCCAUACUUCAUGGCAAGGGACUAGUCCUACAUUUUUGGGGAGAAGUUGUUAACACUACAUGCCACAUAAUUAAUAGAGUUUACCUUAGACCCAAGACCGAUCAAACUCCAUAUGAGAUACUUAAGGGUAAAAAGCCUACUGCUAAGUACUUUCGAGUGUUUGGGAGUAAGUGCUACAUUUUGCAUGAUAGAGAGAACUUGAGAAAGUUUGAAUCGAAGAGUGAUGAAGGAAUCUUCUUAGGGUACUCUAGAAAUAGCCGAGCAUUUAGGGUGUAUAACUUACGUACUCGUGUGGUGAUGGAUGAUCCUACUGAGCCACCUGUGUCUGAAUCAUCUCUUAGGAAACCUGAUACACCUGAAAAGAAAACACUUCCACAAGAUUGA